AUGGCAACGGCCUGGAGAAGCGCACUUCGUUUCCGUGAGCCAUGGCCACUGCACCACCCCCACUACCGCUGCUACUAUCAGCUUCCUCUUGUCAUGCUUUGUUGGCUCAUCAUCAUCCUCGCCUCCUUUCUUGUGGAGGGAACUGGAGUAGAAGGGAGAGUGAGCAGUAAGGGCUGCUUGCAAGGGGAGAGAGAUGCUCUCUUGCAUUACAAAGCCGCCAUCCGAGAUCCUUCCGACCGCUUGUCUUCGUGGCAGGAGGCCCAAGGAGACGACUGCUGCUCAUGGACUGGCGUAGUCUGCUACAACGUAACAGAACGGGCAGCUUACAAUGACUUUGAGGGCUCCCAAAUUCCACCUCUCGUUGGUUCUCUUCACGAACUCAGCACAAUGAUUUCGACAUUAGUAGAACCACUUCCAUCCUUUGGGUUUGACGAAAUGGCAAUAUUAGAGACAAUGCCAGUUUCUAGCGGAAGUGAAAGUAUUACUCUAGACACAAAAGGAAGCCAACUUACCUAUUCAUCUAUCCUUUAUCUUGUGAAGAGUAUAGACCUUUCAAACAAUGAAUUGACAAAUGAGAUUCCUGAAGAAUUAGGAUAUCUUGCUGGACUCCAGACUUUGAAUUUAUCAAGGAAUUACUUCAAAGGCAAGAUCCUAGAUAGCAUCGGUGGAAUGAGUUCAUUGGAAACUUUGGAUUUGUCUUUUAAUAAUUUAUCAGGAGUUAUUCCUCAAGGCGUGUCACAAUUAAAUGCUUUGAACCAUUUGAAUUUAUCUUAUAACAACCUGUCUGGAAACAUUCCCUAUGGAAAUCAGCUUUAA